CGCGUGGCGCCCAAUUGCGUGAGAGCGACAGUAGGCUGCCGUCGCCCGCUCCCCAAGACUGUCUGAAGUGCAUGGCCCACAGCAGCGCGCCAGAAGCAAGACGUGCAUUUCUAGACGCCUUCUGGAAGACAUGAUACCUACCUAGUAGUAGUAGGUAAUAAGCCUGGUGCCUUGCCUUGGUUUGCCUUGCCCGCCCGCAUCCAUCCCCCUCUUCCUGUCCCAACGCGUCAUCACACUACCCAACUGCACCUUCUCACCACUACACCACACCACACUACACUACACUACACUACACUACCCUUACUCGGCGUACAAUUGCACUUCUCCACCCUCCUGCGCGCACACGCUGCGUUUCAGAACCCUCUCCUCUCCUCUCCCCCCUCCCCCCCUCGCAGUACUCCCGCCAUUGCUAUCCCUGCACCACCACUCGCGAAAGCCAACGUCAAAGAGCUGCGCGCUUGACCCCUCACCACCCACCUCCCCAAUGUCCCUCCCUCCCGAUUACGCCAAUGAGAUCUCCUCCCUCGACCGUGAAAUCCUAAAGCACAAGCCAAACGACAUCCUCCAAUUCUGCGCCAAUUUCUUCAAUCGCCGCCUCGAGUCACAGCGGACCGAGGCUCUGCUGUCGCAGCACCAUUCCACCCCCCAAGGCCGUGCUGAGAACACCUUUCCCGGCAACAACCCCUUCAGCUCCUCCCCCAGCGCCGGCGGCUUCACAAAGAGCCCCAUGCAGCGCCUCGAGGAAGAAGAGGAAAACGACGUCAUGACCUCGCCCACUGCGUCAUCCUUCGCCGCCGUCGACUUUGGCAAGUCUCGCAACACAAACAACAACGAUGCCGGCGAGAGCGCCUUUGGCAAUUUCCAGGGCUUUGGCGGCUCGUCCAAGAACAACAUAACCCAGAUGCCGCCUAUUACAGGUGAGGGCCAGAACUUCCCCAGCAACUACAACACCAACAGGCGCACCUCCGUCUCCGCCGAGUCACUUAACCCCGCCACGUCUGCCAGCGAAAGCUUCAGCCCGCCAUUCCACCAGAAGACACCCGAUCAGCUGUCGCGCCUCAAGGUCGCCGUGUCGGGCAACUUUCUAUUCUCACACCUGGACGACGACCAGUCGUCACAGGUGCUUGGUGCGCUGCACGAGAAGCCAAUACCUACAAAGGGCAUAAAGGUCAUCCAGCAGGGCGAUGUCGGAGACUACUUCUACGUCGUCGAGAAAGGCUCCUUUGACAUCUACGUAAACAAGUCGGGCAAGCUCGAGGCCGGCCCCGAUGGCCAUGGUGACAAGGUGGGCACGGUGGGCCCUGGUGGUUCUUUCGGCGAGCUGGCGCUCAUGUACAACGCGCCUCGUGCCGCCACGGUUACCUCGACCGACUCAUCUACACUGUGGGCCCUGGACCGCAUCACCUUCCGUCGCAUUCUCAUGGACAGUGCCUUCCAGCGACGGCGCAUGUACGAAGGCUUCUUGGAAGAGGUGCCUCUUCUGUCUUCCCUAACGCCUUAUGAGCGUUCCAAGAUCGCAGACGCGCUUGAAACAAAGAAAUACCCUCCCGGCACCACCAUCAUCCAGGAGGGCGAUGUCGGUGAGUCGUUUUUCCUGCUCGAGUCGGGAGAAGCGCAGGUCUUCAAGCGCGGAAUAGACAAUGCAGUCAAUCAGUAUAAAAAGGGCGAUUACUUUGGCGAACUCGCGCUACUCAACGACGCGCCUCGUGCAGCUUCUGUCAUUAGCAGGACUGAAGUCAAGGUGGCAACACUUGGCAAGAAUGGUUUCCAGCGACUGCUGGGGCCCGUGGAAGGCAUCAUGAGACGGAACGACCCGAGCAAGGCUGGAUUCGCAGGAGAACAUGUAGAUCCACUCUCAAAGGCCGCGUAAGCAUCCAUCACCAUGGGCCGAUAUAGAACGGGGGAAAAUAGGUGUGCUUAUGCUGGAGUUGGAUGAAGGGUUGUGCAAGGAGCAAGGACCUCCUUUGAUUACGAUUAUAAGUGCGGCUCGGGACGAUUUUGAUCUCACUUUCCUGGCGUUUUCUUUUUUCGCAUGUAUUCCUACUCCUCUUCCUACUGUCACUAAACAUCGCUCACCAAGUUGGAGGGAGAGAUGGUUUGAUUCUGGGGCGAGGAACGAGCUUUGUGGGCUGCUUCAUACCUAUACUCUACUUUGCGUAUGACAUUCAAGAUUAGAUCUACAAUGCGCGUGAAUGGCUUCUUAAUGCUGCUGGUGAAGUUGGUCGCGCAUGACAUAAUGCUCUCAGGUCCGUGCACGGCGCGAAGGGGCGGCCCUCCUUCCUACACAACAUGCGUCACUGUUUACACACAUCUUCAUAAAACUUCGCAAUGCAAGGGUUGUUGAUCUC